CAUGCGCCUAGCUUCGUGACGUCAUGAACAGCAUUGUUGUUGAGGUUCAACGCCGAGGUUUAUAUUUUAUAGAUAUUUGUUCGUAAUUCUUCGGAUCUCACCAUGAAAGCCAUAAUCCAAAGGGUGUCCAAAGCUUCCGUUAGUGUUAAUGGUGAGCUGAUUAGUGAAAUAGCUCAAGGCCUCUGCGUUCUUAUUGGGAUCCAUAAAGAUGACACGCCCAAACAGAGAGAGUUUUUGGUCCGCAAGAUUCUCAACCUGAGAAUAUUCGUCAAUCCGAGCAAUGGAAAGCGAUGGGACAAGAGUGCCAAAGAUCUGAAUCUGGAGAUCCUCUGCAUUAGCCAAUUCACACUGUACCACGUCAUCAAAGGCAAUAAGCUCGAUUUCCAUUUGGCCAUGUCCGGCGAACAGUCUAAGGAAUUCUACCAUCAAUUUCUAUCGGAGAUUCGAUCCCAAUAUCAAAGUGAUAAAGUGAAAGACGGCCGAUUUGGAGCUUUGAUGGAAGUGAAUAUUACCAAUGAUGGACCUGUUACCUUGGAGAUCGAGUCUUUAGCCGACUCAGUUUCAAAGUUACAAGUCCCAAACGAGCAAGAGAUGGUGGAGAGUCCAGAAUAAAACGAAUAACAAGCAUGAUGUGGCUCAUAAAAUU